AUGGUACUGCAGUGGCUGGCCGCUUUCGGCCUCUUCGUCUCAUCAGUCAGCGGCCGCUUGAACUCCAGCUCCAUGGCUCCCAAUUCAACUGGCUUCUUGAUGAAACAUGGCUUCGAAUCAGUCUUAGUGCAACCAUAUGGUGAAGACGGCUUCCGUGUACGUGCCUGGCCAUUCCGCCCGCCUAACGGCAACGAAAUCAGCUUUCUAUAUGACCCGCCACUGGAGGGCCCAGAGAAUGGCGAGCCGCACGGCAUGAGCUACGACAUCAAGUACAACGGGACUGGCCCGAUGGUUCUGCAGAACGGAAAUACGAUAGUGAAGACGUUCAGCCCGAUCGCGGACAAUACUUCGAUGACCAGACUGGCUUUCUAUCGCACGGAGAGUGAUGGCUCGGAGACACUUUUGUUGAACGAGUACUCUCCCAUCAAGUCUCUCAACUCCAGAUACUACUCGUGGGAUGGUCCGGGGUACGAGUUCAGCGCUGCCUUCUCGUUCGCCACGGACGCUGAUGAGCAGGUAUAUGGCACUGGAACACAGGCUGACGGAAUGGUCAACAAGAAGGGCAUGGUUAUUGAUCUGAUCAACUUCAACACUCACAUCCCGACCCCAGUCUACAUGUCCAGCCGUGGAUAUGGCUUUGUGUGGAACUCUGCAGCGGAAGGCCAGAUGGAGUUCAGCACACUGCGCAAUCGCUUCACCUCAAGGUCCACGACGCUCGUAGACUACGCCAUCACAUCCGCGCCGACUGGGGACUACGAUUCUCUUCAACGAAAGCUCUCUGCUAUGACUGGAAGAGCACCACAGCCGCCGGCAUGGAGCUUGGGAUAUCUUCACUCCAAGCUUCGAUAUGAGAAUCAAAGCGAAUUUAUUCAGCUAGCACAGGACUUCCACGACUACAACAUCCCAGUCAGCAUGCUGGUAAUCGACUACCAGUCAUGGGCCGCACAAGGAGACUGGGGGCUCGAUCCAGCUCUGUGGCCCAACGUCUCUUACAUGUCGCAGAGAGUCAAGGAACUGACCGGAGCUGAAAUUAUGGCGUCCCUAUGGCCAAGUGUGUCUGACAAAAGCGAUAACUAUGAGACCAUGCAGAUCGAAGGCUUGCUGGCAGCCACAAGGAGCGGACCGGGCGUAACCGAUAGCUGGAAUGGGAGUUACAUCAGGAAUAUAGAUUCGACUAACCCAGAGGCUCGGGCGUUCUUGUGGAAUCGGCUGAGAGUCAAUUACUAUCAGAAUGGCAUCAAGAAUUUUUGGAUAGACCAAGCCGACGGUGGCAAUUUGGGUGAGGCAUACCAAAACAACGGCCAGUCCACUUACAUUGAAUCAAUUCCAUACCCUUUCGCCGACGUCCUCUACCACGCGGGCACCCAAAUGAGCAUCGGCAAGCUGUACCCAUGGGCGCAUCAGCAGGCGAUCGAAGAAGGUCAGCGCAACGCCACUGGCUCAGAGAUGGGGCAGCCAUGCGAGUAUCUAUCUCUCAGCCGGUCUGGCUACAUCGGGAGUCAACGAUUCUGCUCGAUGAUCUGGUCUGGCGACAGCACAUCUGUCUGGGAGACUUUGGCAAACCAAGUCGCGGUGGGUCUUUCUGCAGCGGCUACGGGUUGGGGAUGGUGGACGCUUGAUAUUGGUAUGCACUAUCUCCACGCUGGUUCCAAGGCAUGUGCUAAUGAGAUGCAGGGGGCUUCCAACCAGACCCGACCGUGCCUUGGAGUGGCAAUAUCGAUACUGCGCAACCAUGGAUCGAGAGCCUGCAACACACAAGACGCAUACACCUGUGACAACGAGCCGUGGAGCUACGGCCAAAAGAACACCCCAACGAUUAAGUCCUACAUCAACCUUCGAUACCAGCUGGCACCAUACCUCAAAGCAGUAUUCAGCCAAUUCCACGAAACAGGCAGGAUGAUCAUGCGGCCGCUAUACAUGGACUUCAGCCAGACCGAUCCUGCCAUCGCGGAACUGACGAGGCAAAAUGCCAACAUCACCACCCAGACGUACAUGUUUGGCCCACGGCUGCUGAUCUCACCCGUGACCCGGCCCAAUGUGACAACAUGGGAAGUCUAUCUCCCAAACACCGGCGCUGGGAACGUCACGAGGCCCUGGACAUACUGGUGGACUAACCAAACUUAUGCAGGCGGCAUGAACGUGACUGUACCUGCACCGCUCGAGCAUCUUCCUGUCUUCCACCUGGGAAGCCGAGCUGAUGUCAUGAGCGGUAAUGUCUUCUGA